AUGGUUAAUCGUAGAUUACUCUGGGUACUAGAACAAAAUAAUUUAUUGGCACCAGAACAAAGCGGAUUUCACCAAAAUAGGUGCACAGCUGAUAACCUGAUAGACCUAGAAUCCGAAAUAAGUGAAGGUUUUGCCAAUAAACAAGAAUGUAUAGCCGUAUUUAUGGAUAUCACCAAGGCAUAUGACAUGGUUUGGAAACACAAUAUAACCUCAAAACUACAAAAGUGGGGUCUAGGAGGGAACAUUCUACACUUCAUAAAAAAUUUCCUGACAGACAGAUACUUCCAAGUGAGAGUAGACAGAAGCCUAUCAGCUAAAAAACUACAGAAGAACGGGAUUCCACAAGGGUCUACAAUAAGUACCACUCUAUUCCUGAUUGCUAUCACCGAUAUUCUUGACAAAUGCUCUCCGCUAAUCAAAGGAAGAUUAUACGCCGAUGAUUUAGUACUAUUUGCAAAAGGGAAAAAUAUAACCACUAUCCAAAUGCAUUUACAAACCGUACUCGAUAACCUAAGCAACUGGUCUAACACCAACGGAUUGAAAUUCUCGGAAACUAAAACAAAAUGUAUUCUCUUCUCCAGAAAGUACAUACAAGAAAAACCUAACUUAAUCUUGAAUGGUCAAAAUUUAGAGUUCGUAGAAUAUAUAAAAUUUUUGGGCAUAACUUUUGAUAAAAAACUCACCUGGAAACAACAUAUUGACUACCUUAAGAAAGUCUGUCAAAAUGGUCUGAAUCUAUUGAAAACAAUUGCCAGCCAUAAAUGGGGCGCGGAUUCCACCUGUCUGAUAAAUCUAUAUAAGGCCCUUAUAAGAUCAAGGAUCGACUACGGCUCCAUAGUUUAUGCAUCAUGCGAGAAAACACACCUCAAGCAACUUGACGUAUUAGAAAACACUGCACUAAGAAUCGCCACCGGCGCAUUUCGAACAACACCGAUAGAGAGUCUCCACUGUCUAACUGGAGAACCACCCCUUAGACUGCGAAGAAUUCAACUUAGCAUAACCUACGCAACAUCAGUAUUAUCAAAUAGAAAUAACCCAGUUAAUUACAACAUCAAAACAGACCGCUUUAAAAAUUUAUUCGGAAACAAACAAACAACGAUUCCCUUCUACGAAAGAAUUCGCCAAUACACAAACAUCUUGACAAUUGAACUACCAGUUUUCUUUCCAAUCAAUAUAAAAACUCCUCCCCCUUGGAUAAUCCCUAUUCCUACCAUCAACGUUAAUUUGAGUUACUACAAAAAAGAGGAAACAAAUCACCCCCUGAUAGUUCAAUCAUUUCACACCCUCGUUGAAGAAAACCUCAAAGAAUACCAUCUUAUGUACACUGACGCAUCCAAAACACCUAAUGGCAUAGGAGCAGCAGUUAUACUAGCAAACGAAAAUUUUGCAUUUAAGCUAUCUCCUCACAAUAGCGUCCACACUGGCGAACUUUAUGCCAUAUUUCAGGCAUUAACAAUCGCCAGUAGAUAUGAAUAUAAAAAAAUUGCAAUAAUUACUGAUUCUAUGAGCUCCAUCAACACCAUUAAACAACUCUUUCCCAAACACCCACUAGGUUCCCUCAUUAAAACCCAACUAUACCUCCUCCACCAAUCCAAAGCGUGCGUCCAAAUUAUCUGGGUCCCAUCGCACACCAAUAUCCCAGGAAACGAAAAAGCGGAUCAAUACGCCAGAGAAGCAGCAGAUAACAACAAAGCAACAAUUGUGCGCGAAGUGAUGGUCAGUGAUUUCAAAGCGGUAAUAAAAGCGAAAGCUCAGUGUAAGUGGCAAAGUGAGUGGAACAAGUCGCAGUCAAUAUUGAAAACCAUCAAACCAUACGUUAAACCAUGGAAAGGUAGCCCAAAAAGUCGCGCAGAUCAAAUAAAAAUCGAUCGCUUAAGGCUAGGUCACACUAAAGCAACACACUCCCAUCUAUUUAAUAGAGAAAACCCACCGAUAUGUGAAACUUGUAACGAGAACCUUAAUGUUGAACAUUUAUUGUUAAACUGUCGAAAGUACAGAAAUGAAAGAAUACUUAACAAUUUUCCAGACAAUAUAACCACCUUACUCAAUGAAAAUUGUAAUAAUGCAAACAUAAUUAAGUAUUUGAAAGACACCAAAUUAUAUCACAAACUAUAA